CCGCCGCUGCUAGGGUCGUUGUCUCUGCCCCCACCGCCUAGUAAUGGCUGCCAGCCCGUCUUCGUCGCCCCCCGCAUCGCUAGCCCCGGCCCCGGCCCCGGCCCCAGCCGCAGCCCCGGCAAGAACCCGUUAAUGGGGGGCUGCCUGAGCUGCCGGCUCUUAUCGGGAGUGGGGCUUCUGGGGGCGGGCGGCUACGUGUACUGGACAGCGCGGCGGCCUCUGAAGCUUGGCUGUGCCCCCACCCCGGGUACCAUUUUCCAGAUGGUCGUUGGCAUCAUUACAUUUGAAUCUGGCUCUGGCCCACUCAGGAGUUUGGCAGGCCUCUUGGGGCUAGGAGUUCAACACCUCUGGAGUACCCCAGGAAGGAGAUUGCAGACCCAGGGAGUAACAUGUCCAAAGUCACAUAGGAAGCAUUGCGUGCUGGGGGUUGGUCAUAUUGGUGGACCCUGUAGGAAAAGCCCAUCCCAUAGAAUCAAAGAAGCAAUGAUGGUGAUGAUGGUGAUGAUGAUGAUGAUGAUGAUGAUGAUGAAGUUGGCAGCUUCUACCACUCAGCCAUGACGAUGGACUACCCAGAACAGGAGGAUAGAAGCGAGAGAACCACAGAUGUUCCAGGUUCCAGGACCCAGUGAUCCUGCCUCAGCUCUGUAGAUGCCUGCAGGGGAAAUGGACGAAGCAUGGUUUCCUAUUUCUUGUUAUCCAAGGCUGCCCUUCACAACUGUCAAUAAAUUUCUCUGAGAACAGAA